UCUGGCAAGAAAGACCCUCCGAUCAGCUCUUCCAAGAAUAAGUUAAAAACACUCAGCUGGCAAGAACGGCGGAAACUUGAAAGAGAUAGAAAGCAGAAAGAAGAGGAUGAGCAAACAUUAGCAAAAGUGGAAGCUCCAAUACCACAAUCCAACAUUGGGUUUAAGCUGCUCAAACAAAUGGGUUAUACGUCCGGUGCUGCCCUUGGCAAAGAGGGUUUAGGUAGGGCUGAGCCAGUGGGGAUUGAGAUUCGACGAUCGCGAGCUGGUAUUGGCUUAGAUGAUCCUCACAAGGAGAAGAGGAAAAAGGAGGAAAUCAUAGCUGAGAGAAAAAGGAGGAAAGAGGAGGAUCUAAUGCAAGACUUUGGGUUGAGACAGAAGUAGUGAUGGCAGAGUAAGAGAGUUGUAGCCAAUUUCCAUAAGGCAAAGGUUGCCCUUGAUCAAUUAGAGAACAGAGAAAUCAUUGAACCGGAAAAGAAUGAGGAUGAUGAAGAAGAGGAAGAUGAGGAAGAGGAAGAAAUAACAGAAGAAGUGCGCAACUAAAAGGUUAUAUUUUUGGUUGAACGCACCUUUUAACCAUGUUUUGAUAUUGAUUUAUGUUGCAUCCCUGAAUAACACAUGGAAACAGCACAAAUGCUUUCUUUUUUUCUCUUUAUCUUAACUGCUCAAGCACACACAUUAAGUCAAUACACUUCCAUUGCUGAUUAAUUUUCUCCUCGUUAUACUCUAAAUACCAAGCGAUUUAAACAAAUAUUACUCAUUGCACUUUGUCAUCAUUUUAUCCAUUUAAGCCGAUCCAACCUAGCCAUUGCACAAAGCUUACUUGUCGUUGUUGUAUUUCUUAUACUUUGAAAUUCAUUCUUGUUGAACUUUGUUAAUCUAUUCCUGCGUUCGUAAUUUAGUUGCGACUGUGAUAGUGAUACAUGUAAUCGAUUCAAGAUUUGCAAGAAGUUUUGAUGAAACUGAGGGAUGACCACAAUUAUUGCCUCUUUUGUGGAUGCAAGUAUGAAUCAAAGGAUGAUCUCUUGACCAACUGCCCUGGAACCAAUGAAGAUGAUCACUAACUUGAU